AUGAAGUUUACGUCCUCCGUCGCUCUCGCUCUCGCUGCUCUCCCGUUCUUCUCUGCGUUUGUGGCUGCGGCCCCGGAAUCGUGCCAGCCCGCGUGUUGUAAUGUCGUUGUCCAGACCGCCAAUCCUUCUGGGUUGACCGGAAUUGACUGCAUUUCCGGUAAUUCGGAUUGCUCGCUUUUCGGAAAGAUCUCUACAUGCUGCGGGGGCAUUAAUGAAAUUAGCCAUGUUGGGUACUUCUGUCAAUAA